UAAAAGAGAAAGUUAUACAAUGCACCUAUAAUCAGUAAAGUGUUGAACUUUGGGCUUUAUAGUCAGUACAUCUAACGUAACUGUGGGCAGCGGGCGUGUAGUAUCUCCCUUUGAUAAAACCGUAUCAAAACAAACGUGAAUCUGUUAUCGCACGUCCAGUGACUAUUACAAAAUGAUCGGGUCUAUUAUAGCUCUCAACAUUGCCGGGUUUAAUGCAACUGUGAACUUUUUUACUCGUCUCGUGUUGAUUCUGCUGACUGCGUGGGUGUAUCAUGGUUUCGUUAUAGCAGAGGUUUUUUUGAAUAGUUAUAAGUUGGUGUACCCUCCGUAUUUGGCUAAGCCUAUUUCGAAGUUUUUGAGUGCAUUUGGCUAUGUUGUGGGAUCACUUUUGAGGAUUUUUGCGAUACAGACAUUCACAAUGAACGGCUUCAUGCGAAGAUUCCUCAGGUUCCUGGUGUCACUGCUGGCUAUACUAGUGGUGCCUAUAACGUACCUGCUAAACAUCAGAAGGAAUAGAAAAUGUCCGCCGCCGACAAACCCGCUGCUCUUCAAGUCAGCUACGUCAUUAGCUGCUAUGAUAAGGGCGCGACAGGUCACUUCAGAAGAAGUAGUGGAAGCUUACAUAGAGAGAUGCAAAGAAGCCAAUCCAUACUUAAACGCUAUAGUAGAGCCGCGAUAUGACGCUGCUCUGAGGGAAGCCAGAGGGAUCGACAAGAUGAUAGCGUCGACGAACAGAUCGCCCGAAGAACUAGCUCAUGAAUACCCGCUGUUGGGAGUACCCAUGACUGUGAAGGAAAGUUUGGCUGUUGAAGGCAUGAGUAACGAUUGUGGGACUGUGUACGCAUAUAGAAAUCCAGCUAAGAAAGAUGCGGCUAUCGUACAAUUGGCGAGGGCUGCUGGGGCCAUUCCUAUAGCUGUGACGAACACGCCACAACUCUGCAUGAACUGGGAAACUUACAACAAUGUGAUCGGUAUUACGACGAACCCAUAUGACCAGAAGAGAACGACGGGAGGAUCUUCUGGGGGAGAAUCAGCGCUAAUCUCAGCAGCGGGUUCUGUCAUCGGCGUUGGAUCUGACAUCGCUGGUUCGCUCAGACUUCCACCCAUGUUUUGUGGAAUUUUUGGACAUAAACCUACACCAAGACUCCUCUCCGUUGAAGGCCACGUUCCAGACUGCCUGGAUCCAGAUUUUGAGGAGUAUUUCGCAGUCGGACCUAUAGCUCGGUAUGCGGAAGACCUCACUCUACUCCUGAAGGUUCUGAAGCAGCCUGGUGGUAUUGAGGUGCCGUUUGACAAACCGGUGGACAUAUCAAAACUAAAGUUCUACUACAUGGAAGGAGAUGGGGGUAAUGUAACCGAUCCUAUUGGUUCCGAAGUGAGGCAGGCCAUGGAAAAAGCCAAGGAUCAUAUACAGAACACAUACAACAUCGAAGUAAAGCCGCUAAAAAUCAAACACUUAGAACACAUGUGGGAAAUAAGCAUCAGGGUUCUUAUGAACAUAAAACACGUUCGCAACAUCUACACGGAUCCCGAGAAACGUGACCAAUGGGUUUCAGUGUGGCCCGAAGUCCUGAAGACGAUGGUAGGGCUCUCGAACCAUAACUUCCUUUGCGUGUGUUACGGGCCCUUAGUGAAAUUCUUCGAUGCGCUACCAAAGAAUUAUUACAAGAAACUUCUUGCAAUUUUCGAUGAAAUUAAGGAAGAAUUUGAGAAAGUAUUAUCAGACGACGUAGUACUCCUCCAUCCGACAUUCCCAUCGCCAGCCCAUCUGCAUUACAGGAUAUACUACAAAUUCUUAAACUGCGGGUACCUGACAAUCUUCAACGCACUAGGUCUACCCGUUACACAGUGUCCAAUCGGACUGACCAGAAAAGGACUACCAGUCGGUAUACAGAUAGCAGCUAACAAAUGCAACGACCAUUUAACGAUAGCUGUCGCUAAGGAAUUCGAGAAAGCUUUCGGCGGUUGGAUUCCACCAAAUAUGGAUCUCGCCAAUAAUGUUAGGACUGCGUAAUGUGUUGCCAAUGUGAAGAAAGUUUGAGUUUAUCCUUGCCUAUACCAAAAAAUCACACAAGCAUGGAAAUUUUGCACUAUGCAUGAGUCCUAAUGGUAGAAUUUGAAUACAUUAUUUUGAAGAGACAUUUUAUAUGUAUAAUUUUCCUUGUUUAAAUUUUGUUUAUGGAGUCAAUAAAUUAUUUUAAUAGAUUUUUACUUAGGUGCUAGAAUUUGGAGCCUUAUUGAAAUGAACGUACUGUUUACGUCAAUAUUGAAAGUAUUAACUACUCAUACUAUUUAUAACGUGGGCGUUGGAGGUAUUGGUACAGUCGACGACAAACUGAUGGUAUUUAUCGAUUAAACGUCAAGCAGCUCAACGUCAAUGUCAAUGACCAAUGUGACGUCGACUGUACGAUUACGGCAAAAAAAUUGAGUUUUUGUACAUAAGUAUACUCUUUAAGCGGUUAUUUAGAUAUACGAAUUAAAUAGGUACUUAAUAAGACUUUAAAUAAUAAACCCUGAAAUGUUGGUUUUUGGACAUUAUUGGAUAGACAGAUGUAGUAAAAUGUGAUAUUAAAGACAUCAAUCUCUGAAAGAUGUUUGUAAUUUUAUACCAUUUGUAUAUUUUGUAUUAAAAAUAAUAUACUGAAAA